UCCCAUCGAGCUCUCUGAUUCUCCGGUGAUCUUCUUCUUCUCCAUCAAUGGAGCGAUUUGCAGACUUUCCACCAUCUUCUCCGGCAAGACCCGAUGAGAUAGACAAUUCAUCAACUACAAAUUCACCGACCAGCAACAGUAACAGCUACAAUGGGGCAUCAUUAUUAUUAUUAUCAAGACCUGUUUGUAGAUCCGAAUCAAACCCACAUCCAACAAUCUUUGUACAAGCUGACUCCACCACUUUCAAACAGGUUGUACAAAUGCUCACCGGAUCAGUUCAUCCACCACCAGAUCCCGCAUUCAAAGGUCAUAAUAACAUACCUCCGAUCAGAACAGGGCAGAAGAAACAGGGGUUCAAACUCUAUGAACGGAGGAACAGCUUGAAAUAUGGAUUGACACCUCUUCUUCCCAAUUUGAACAAGAAGAAUUCAGAAGUUUUGUCUCCAAGCAUGCUGGAUUUCCCGUCGUUGGCACUGAUGAGUCCGGUUACUCCAUUGACGGGAGAAAAGGUGUAUUCGCCGACGUCUUCGCCGGAGGAAGAGAAAGCGAUUGCUCAUAAGGAAGGGUUUUAUUUACACCCUUCGCCCGGCCGGACGUCAAUGAGUAUUCCGAUGAACGAACCCCCCCGUCUUCUGUCACUUUUUCCAGUUACUUCGUCGUCGUCGCGGAGUGUUUCACAUUCCAAAACUUGAUGGGUUCAUGGUGAUGAUGAAUUGAUGAUGAUAAAGUGAAAAGUAACUGUUGGAUCAAGAUGUAUGUAU